AUGGAUACCUGCAGGGCGCGCGCCUGGGUGUUCCUCGUGCUGACAUGGCAGGGCAGUUGUUUGGCAUCACAGUUCCCGACAGCGCUCAUGAUUAAAGAAUGGGUCGAUCAGAUGCAGAAAGAGCUCGUCACCCUGGCAGACUCGGCCACAGCUGGGAAGAGCCUCACAGAGAUUUUCAUGAGAAACAGGCACCUCUACACUGUGGAACAAAAUGACGCAGAAGAGCUGGUGGCCAGAGCAGCCAGGAACAUAGAACAGCUGCUGCGGAAGAGGUCUGCUGCCUUGAAGAAACUGGCCACAGCUGCUGAGUACUUCCAGACGAAUCAUGCAUGGCAGAAUGAGUUUGAGGGUGAUGAAAUUGCCUACUACAAUGCAAAGGACAAUCUGGACGCAAAUGAAACAGAAGGCAGGAAAUACAGGAUUCGACCAGACUUUAAAGAGGACCCAUUAUUUAAGCGCUUGACCGAUCACAACCACACAGCUGUCCACAUCCCCACUGACAUCUAUGAUGGCUCCAACAUUGUGCUUAAUGAAUUGACCUGGACGGAGGCUUUGGAGGACGUGUUCAAGAAGAAUCGAGAAGACGACCCAACACUUCUCUGGCAGGUGUUUGGUAGUGCUACAGGCUUGGCUCGCUACUACCCAGCCUCUCCCUGGAUGGACGCUCGAAAGACUCCAAGUAAAAUCGAUCUGUAUGACGUCCGCAGGAGGCCGUGGUACAUCCAAGGAGCCGCCUCACCUAAAGAUAUGCUGAUCCUCGUGGACGCGAGCGGGAGCGUCUCUGGUUUGACUCUCAAACUGAUCCGGACUUCAGUCAGUGAGAUGCUUGAAACUCUGUCGGACGACGACUACGUCAAUGUCGUCUAUUUCAACACCAGGGUGAAGAGGACGGCGUGCUUCGAACAUCUGGUUCAAGCCAACGUGAGGAACAAGAAGCUGCUGAAGGACGCGGUGCAGAACAUCACGGCCAAGGGAAUCACAAACUACACAAAAGGCUUCGAGUUUGCUUUUGAGCAGCUUUCUGUGACUAACGUGAGCAGAGCAAACUGUAACAAGAUCAUCAUGUUGUUUACUGAUGGAGGAGAGGAGAGAGCCCAGGCCAUAUUGGAGAAGUACAAUGCUGACAAAAAGGUGAGGAUUUUCACCUUCUCUGUAGGACAACACAAUUAUGACAAAGGACCCAUCCAGUGGAUGGCCUGCUCCAACAAAGGUUACUUCUAUGAGAUCCCCUCCAUCGGAGCCAUCAGAAUAAACACACAGGAGUACCUGGAUGUGUUGGGAAGACCGAUGGUUCUGGCAGAUAAGCAGGCCAAACAAGUUCAAUGGACGAACGUAUACCUUGAUGCCCUGGAACUGGGUCUGGUCAUCACUGGAACAUUACCCGUCUUCAACAGAACUAAGAUGUACGAUGAGAGGAAAGGAGAGUACCAGAAUCAGCUGAUUCUGGGCGUUAUGGGGAUUGACGUGUCUCUGGAUGACAUCAAAAAGCUCACGCCGCGCUUCACUAUUGGUCCUAAUGGAUAUUACUUUGCCAUUGAUCCCAAUGGAUACGUCCUGCUGCACCCCAACCUCCAGCCAAAGAACCCUAAAUUCCAGGAACCGGUUACCCUCGACUUUCUGGAUGCAGAGCUGGAGAAUGAUAUCAAAGUGGAGAUCAGGAGAAUGAUGAUUGAUGGAGAGACGGGAGAGCGCACUAUUCAAACUCUGGUGAAAACUCAAGAUGAGAGGUACAUCGAUCGAGGAGUCAGGACGUACACGUGGGCACCGGUCAAUGGAACAGACUACAGCCUGGCCCUCGUUCUGCCUAAAUACAGUGAACAUUUCAUUCAGGCUAAACUGGGGGACGACAUGACACAAGCCGUGUCUUCUUCUUGGGGGCAAGAAGCGCUGGACACCAUACAGCAGGAGAGGUUUGAUGAGUUCGGUUACACGUACGUCGCUCCCAGGGAGUACUGCAAAGAGCUGAAGUUGUCACUCAACAACACCCAGUUUCUCCUUGACUUCAACCAGUACAUUGAUAGCAACACCCAAGAUGCAUGUAAUGUGUCUCUCGUGAGUCGGCUGAUCUUGGACGCAGGCCUGACAGCUGAACUGGUUAAAGUCUGGAGUGAACAGACUGUGGACGGGAUAGUGGCCAGGUUUGUAGCCACAGAUGGAGGAAUUACAAGAGUCUAUCCAAGAAGUGCUGGGGAAGAGUGGAGUGAGAACUCUGAAACGUACGAGUCCAGCUUCUACAAGAGGACCCUGGACAAUGAAAUUUAUAUUUUCACAGCUCCGACUUUCAGCACGGAGGGCAGGGAGCCGGUGUCUGAGUCGGGCAUUCUGGUGAGCAAAGCGGUGGACGUCAUCGUGAAUGAAGUCACACUCAAACCAGCAGUGGUGGGAGUGAAACUCAAUGUCUCAUUCUGGAUGAACAGUUUCAUAAACGCGACACUAAAACUGAACUGCAAGGAUGAGAUAUGUGGCUGUUUAAAGAACGAUAAGCAUGUCGACUGUGUAAUCCUGGACGAUGGAGGAUUCCUUCUCAUGUCCAAUCAAGACGAGUAUAUUGCCCUGAUAGGCCAGUUCUUUGGAGAAGUGGACCCCGUGCUGAUGAUCAACCUGGUCAACACCUCCCUGUACUCCUUCAACAAGACCUAUGACUACCAGUCAGUCUGCGACCCAGAGAAAGACAGCAAGGCUGCAGCAGGACCCCGCUCAGUCUUUGUGCCUACCAUUGCAGAUUUUCUCAGUAUUGGCUGGUGGGCCUCCAGCGCUGCCUGGUCGAUACUCCAGCAGCUAUUCUUCAGUUUCAUGUUCCCCGACCUUCUUGAGGCAGCGGAGUCGGCCGAUGAAGACAUUCCAGAUGCCAUGUUUAAGGAGAGCUGUAUCACAGAGCAGACUCAGUAUUUCUUCGACAACAGUGAAAGAUCCUACUCAGGUGUGCUGGACUGUGGAAACUGUUCCAGGAUGUACCGUGCUGAGAAGCUGCCAAACACCAACCUGGUGUUCCUGAUCACUGAUGCCAAGGCGACAUGUUUGUCGUGUGACCCCAGGCCGCUGCGACAGGCUGAACAACCCUCUGAAGGUCCAAAUCCAUGCGAGUUGGCUCAGAACCCCAGAUACCGCAAAGGGCCCGACGUGUGUUUUGACAACAAUGAAAACGAGGAUGAUUCUGACUGCGGAGCAGGGACUUUCCUGAGGCCGAGUCUUUGGCCAGUGUUCAGUCUCCAACUGCUGCUGAUGUGGCUCAUCACAGCUCUGCAACACUCAUGACCCCUACAAACGCGCGCGCACACACACACACACUCACACACAAACCAUCAUGCUCAUUUGAUUUCACAGAAGAGAGUAACGUGAUGCCGUACAGGAUGUGUGCAGUGUAUCUGCAAAAAAAAAAAAAAAUAA